AUGAAUAAUUUAUCUUUUGAUGAUAUACUUUCUACAAGAAUAAAAUUUGGUAAGGUUCAGAUUUAAACUUUCCUUAUUAUCAGUUUAAUUGAUUUACUUGAUGGAUCUGAAUUCAUGUUUUUGCAAUUAUUGAAUGCAAUAAUUUAUAAGGAAUGGUCAUUAAGUUUGAGCUAAUUGAUCGUUUUAGCAACAGUAUUCAAUUUUGGUCAAUUUAUUGGUUCUUUAAUUUGUGGUUAGUUCUCAGACUAUACAGGACGUAAAUCAAUGCUAGUUUGGUCAUGUUUACUUUAAGUAUUAAAAAAUUGUAAUAUUGUUCAUAGCAAUGCUUCUUACAGCAUUUGUGUAAGAUUUACCAUAAUUACUAAUAUUAAGGUUUUGUUUUGGAUUGCUAUUUGGCAUAGCAUUGCCAAUAUCAUCAAUAUUAAUGGCAGAAGUAACUCCUCUUCAUGUAAGAGGAUAAUUUAUUGUUACUUUAUAAAUGAUGUAUAUAGUUGGCAGAAUGUGGAUGUUAUUAUUAGCCUUCAUAUUCUUGGAUUCAAUAGCAACAGGAAAUUGGAGAGCCAUAGCUGUGACAAAUAGUAUUCCAUGUUUUAUAUGUCUAAUUGGUAGUAUAGUAUAUUUACAUGAAUCACCCCGUUUUCUUAUAUCUCAAGGAAAUAUUAAGGAAGGAAUUGAAGGAAUUAAUUUUAUGGGAAGAUUUAACGAUAAGGAUUAUGUUGAUUUGUAAGAAGAUGAAAUUUAAGCACUUUAAUAAUGGAGAAAGGCUACAUUUGAAUAAUAAUAUGAUAAGAAGAGUUUUAAAGAGUUGUUUAAUCAAGAAAAUUUACCAAUCACAUGGAGAGCAUAUUCAUUAAGUAUCAUAUCAAUGUUGAUGUAUUCUGGACUGUAUAUCAUCAUACCAUUUCUAUUUGAUGAAGAAGAAAAAACUUUACUUGAUUUAUUAUACACUGUCCUAAUAGAAUUGCCAGCAGUGUUAGUUGUUGUUUGUUUGAUUGACAAAAUUGGAAGAUUACCUAUAGUACUUAUAGGAACAGUAACAUCUAUGAUAGCAGUUUUUAUAAUUUGGUAUUGGAGAGCCAGAUAUCUAUUGUUAGGUUUGAUUGCUUUCAAAUUUUUUAAUAGAAUGACUUUUCUUUCAUUCACUCCUCUUAUUUUAGAAUCCUAUUCCACUAUCUAUAGAUCUUUGGGAAUAGGUACAACAAUUGCUUUUGGUAGAGCAGCAGGUUUCUUAUCUCCAGUCAUAAUAUUACCAUUAUAUUAAAAAGAUAAUUAUAGUCCUUUUUUAGCUUCAAUUUUUAUCUUGAUAAUAAUGACAAUCAUAUUUGCAACUUAUCCUAAAGAUUUAACGAGAAAACCACUUGAUAUUAAAUAUGAAAAAGUGGAUUGA